UAUUUAGACACUCUGGAAUCAAUGCUUUUACUUCAGAACAACAUGUGACUUCUUUCACAUCCGGCCGUCGUUACUUUAGUAGGAAGUGAAAAUGUGUGCUGUGUAAAAGGCGUGUUGUCAGACAGCAGCUUGUGUGCAGCAGGGGCUGAUGGGAGGUGUGAGCAGCCGUCACAAACACGUCGUCUCAUCUCACAGCUCGUCCUUGUUUGGCCUCAGCUUCUCCGCAGGUUCACCAGGAGACACCGCGGCACAAAAUGCUUUUCCUCCCAGCUGCUGCUCUGUGCUGUCUGUGUUCAGAUGAGCAGGUAGUGAAGCCCGUGGUGAGCGUGUACCCAGCAGCAUCCAGAGCCCACCUGGAGGGGAAGAGCUCCCUGCUGUGUCUGGCCUCAGCCAUGUUCCCUCCUCUGGUCCAGUUCUCCUGGAGAAGACGAAAGGAGGACGGUCCUCUGGAGGAACUGCCCCCUGCUGAGGGAGAGCAGCUGGAGCUUAGAGAGUCGGGACGCACCGCCGGCAUCCUGCUGAUCCACCAGCAAGAGAACAGCACAUAUAAAUACCGCUGCUACGUCCGGCACGAGGGGGGCACAGUGGAGGCCCAAGCAGAACAAGAGGUUCCAGCUCCAGCAGCCUCCUGGCCUCCAGAGAGAGAGCCAGCAGACCUGCCAGCACUGCAGCAAGCUGACUGUAAGAUCACCUGCUGCCUCUCCUUCAAUGCCAAUGUUUCCUUUCUCAGUGCAGCUUUCAUUUUCAACGUCCACCUUGAGAGUCACUGUCCUGGCUCCAGACCCAGGAAGCAGCCCAGUCGGCUGGAAGAAAUGUCACAUUCAAUGGACCAUCCCAUGAGCUCUGGUCUUCUGGUUUGGGAGGAACCAUGUGAGAGCUGCAGGGAGACGCUGUUGUCCGCUCCCAACCUCCUGCUGACGUGA